AUGUCUACUUUAUCCAGCAAACAAGUUCUCUCUUUGGAAGAAACAUAUGGUGCUCACAAUUAUCAUCCUUUGCCUAUUGUAUUCUCCAAGGCUCAAGGUAUAUGGGUAUGGGAUCCUGAAGGCAAAAAAUAUAUGGAUUUCUUAUCUGCUUACAGUGCCGUCAAUCAAGGUCAUUGUCAUCCCAAGAUUGUCAAAGCAUUGUGUGACCAAGCUCAACGUUUAACGUUGUCUUCCCGUGCAUUCUACAAUGAUGUAUUUGGUUCUUAUGCUAAAUAUAUGUCUGAUUACUUUGGUUAUGAUAUGGUAUUACCCAUGAAUACUGGUGCUGAAGCUGUGGAAACUGCUAUUAAAUUGGCACGCAAGUGGGGUUACGAAAAGAAGGGUAUUCCUGAAAAUCAAGCUAUUGUAUUGAGUUGUGAAAACAAUUUCCAUGGUCGUACUACUGGUGUCAUCUCUAUGUCUACUGAUCCUGAUUCCUAUGCAGGUUUCGGCCCUUAUUUGCCUUUGGUGGGUCCUGUUUGUCCUACAACUGGUAUCACUCUUCGUUAUAACAAUGUUGAUGAUUUGGAAAAGAUCUUGGAAGCUAACAAGGGCAAGGUUGCUGGCUUUUUGGUGGAACCUAUUCAAGGUGAAGCUGGUAUCAUGGUUCCUGAUGAAGGUUAUUUGAAAAAGUGUUAUGAUCUUUGCAAAAAACAUGAUGUACUCUUCAUUGCUGAUGAAAUUCAGACUGGUUUAGCUCGUACUGGCAAGAUGCUUUGUGUGGAACAUGAUGGCAUCCGACCUGACAUUGUCUUAUUGGGUAAGGCGUUAUCAGGUGGUGUUUACCCAGUAUCUGCUGUAUUGGCUGAUCGUGAUGUCAUGCUUUGUAUCAAGCCUGGUGAACAUGGUUCUACUUAUGGUGGUAAUCCUCUUGGUUGUGCUGCUUCUAUUGCUGCUUUGGAAGUCAUUAAGGAUGAAAAUUUGGUUGAAAAGAGUGAACAAUUGGGUGAAAAAUUCAGAGCUGCUCUUAAGAACCUCAAUAGCCCUAUUGUCCAAACUGUCCGUGGUCGUGGUUUAUUGAAUGCUAUUGUGAUUGAUGAAUCCAAGACGGAACGUAGUGCAUGGGAACUUUGUUUGUUACUCAAAUCUCGAGGUCUAUUGGCCAAACCUACACAUGUGAACAUCAUCCGUCUUGCUCCUCCUUUAUGCAUCACUGAAGAAGAAUUAAUGGAAGGUGCCAACAUCAUUGGUCAAGCUCUCAAGGACAUUGUCAAUAUGAAGAAGGAAGAUAUCCCCAACGAACUUGGUCAUUGA